CCCAGCGCACCGGCAAAAUGGCGUCUGCCAUUCUGAGGUUUGGCAACCUUUCUAGGGUUGUCAACACCUUCAAAUGUAUAUCUUACCGUCAGCUACCGCAUCUGUUGCAACGCCAGAUCCACCUCCAAACAGUAAAUUAUGAUGCAAUGAAACUCUUGAUGCCAGCGCUGUCUCCAACAAUGUCAGAGGGCACAAUCGUCAAAUGGUUAAAGAAAGAAGGUGAUGCGCUGAGACCGGGGGACGUCUUGUGUGAUAUCCAGACAGACAAGGCUGUGGUUAGCAUGGAGAAUGAGGAGGAUGGCAUCCUGGCCAAAAUUCUGGUCCCAGACAACACCGCUGAUGUAAAGAUCGGGACGCUGAUCGCCGUGAUAGUGGAUGAGGGGGAUGACUGGCAGAAUGUGGAGAUUCCCGCCCACACUGCCCCAGACACAGGUCCACCUACUCCUGCUGCCCCGGCUCCGGCUCCCAGCACACCAAGCCCUGCUUCUCCACCUGCUGCAGCAGCAACACCAGCGUCAGUGGAGGUGUCUAGCAAGGACCUCCAUGCUGCUGGGGUGGGUCCAUCUGUGAGGAAGCUGGCGGAGGAGUAUGGAAUCAGCCCAGCCAGUGUCACUGGCACCGGCCCACACAGCUGGGUCACCAAGGGUGAUGUGUUGAACUACAUCAAGUCCAAGAACCUCCCUAAGAGGGAACUAUUGGCAACCACAUCACCAGUAUCAUCAGCUACCCCAGCCACUGCUGCCCCCACCCCCCAGGCCCUGCCCCUGGAGGGUGAGCCUUUCACAGACAUCCCCAACACAAGUAUGAGGAAAACUAUCGCCAAGAGACUCACAGAAUCUAAGACAACAAUCCCCCAUUCCUAUGCAUCGAUGGACAUGAACAUAGGGCCUGUGUCACGACUCCGGAAACAACUUGCAGAUGAAGGCAUUAAAGUUUCGAUAAAUGAUUUUAUCAUCAAGGCAGCUAGUAUUGCUCUGCAGCGUGUCCCCAGAGUGAACUCUAUAUGGCAGAACGAUGGUGCUCAACUCCUUUCUAGUGUAGACAUAUCUGUUGCCGUGGCAACAGACAAUGGACUCAUUACCCCAAUUGUUCAAAAUGCAUCAGCUCUGGGAGUAGACGAAAUAUCAUCUACAGUCAGGGAUUUAGCAGGCCGAGCUCGAGAAGGAAAGCUCAAAUUACAUGAAUUCCAGGGUGGAAGUUUUAGCAUCUCCAAUCUUGGAAUGUUUGGAAUCAGCGAGUUCUCGGCCGUCAUUAACCCUCCCCAGUCUGCCAUCAUGGCGGUAGGGACUUCUCGCAUCACACUAGGCGACGAUGGGCGACCGCAGACACGCAUGACAGUGACCUUAUCAUACGACUCUCGUGUGUUAGACGAAACUGAGGCUUCACAGUUUUUGGAAGUGUACAGUGAGGUGAUGGAGAACCCUAGCUUUAUGGUCACAGGAUCUAAAUUAUCAGGCAAAGUCCCGAGCAAGUUUUUGAUGAAGCAAUGCCAAGGAGAUUAUGUCACAGAAAGGGCUGAUGCAGACGCAACAUUGGAUAGAGAUUGGUGUUCUUACCGGUGCACUGUUCCUAGAGAGCCUGCAGAAGGUGAUGGAACACUAAUGACUGAAAGACAAGGCUUGAUGCUGCAACAUCUUCUCAGGGUUCUCAUAGUGAAAGUGUUGAGAGUAGGGUACAUGGAGACAGAGGAUGCAUCUCAACGUCUGUUCCACCUUGCUUGUACCCGUACACAAAUGCAAGGCAGAUCCAGGUUUUUUAAAAGGGGUAUCCAUAAUUUCAUUAUUAGUUUAUGCAUGAUUUUGACAACUGCUGUCUGUCAAAUGUCAGUCAACUGUCAAAUGUAUUCUUUAAACCGUAAGUUUCACGGCCCAACACAUACCGAAACAAAGCCAUUAAAAAGACGGUGAUUGCAACUCCUGGUCAUCCUCUGGAGAAGUUAGAAUACAUUCGUAUUUCGGCCCUGCAUCUACAGUUGGAGAGAGAGUGGAUGUCUGAAAUUGACAUCAUGAAUCUGUUACUAGGUCUCGCAUUUCAAAAUGUUGAGAAAAGUACAAAAAGUGCUAUAAUUUGUUUCUGUUUUAUUGUUGUGAAUGUUAGCGUGAGAAAUACCCAGAUGUUUGGGUUAGUGUAUUUGUUGAAUAUAAUACUGGUGGAGUAAAUAUGUAAAACAUAUAACACGACUAAAAAUUUAGUUUGCAUUUAUUUGAAGUUAAUGUUGUUGUACUUGGAAAUGCUGUUCCAUCCAUGGGUGGAUGUUUUUAUUUAUCAAGGGGACUAAAUACCUCUGCAAACAAUGUCUUGUAAGCAUCUCAAAACAUUAUAUAUUUAUCUAAUAUAAAUUAUAUUUCGACCGAUACAAAUAGGUAAUACAGUCUCCUUUAUCAUUGAAACCUACGUAUUUGUAUCUUUUUAAUUUUACUGUUGGGUAUACAUUUUGAGUUGUGCCUUUUAUUCAAACAUUCACUGCAUGUGUGAGAAAGUGCGAACAACAGUAUUUCUAGAAAAUCUGAUGAAGUAUUGUUGACAUCAAUUGAACUGUAUGCCUUUUGUUGAGAUUUGUGUGGAAACUGAUGGUAUUUCUCAAUGUUUACUACGCACGGUAACCCAUGAGUUCCUCCUGGGUACACUGUUGACCUGGUGUAUGGAGGUAUGAAAUAAAGGUUGUAGAUGUGA